UUUCAGAUUUAAUUCGAUAAUGUCACUGGUAACGGUGCAACGUUCACCGACACCAAGUGAAAAUGGAAAUUUCGAUCAAACGGAUAUCGAUGCAUCAGAAUGUGGUUUGCCACCAUUUAGAGAACCAUUUCCAAAUACGGAAUGUUAUUUUUACGUGAAGGGUACUGCGGUAAUUUUAUUGCAACCCGAUCGUACAAAUGUUGGAUGUCAUAAUACUGGUGGUGAAAUUGAAGGACAUUUGCAAGCAAUACUAAAUAUAUUGCCCCCUCACGAUAAUCUUACAAUGGCUGUAAGAUUACAGCCAGCUGCUGUCGAGGCUACCAGUUCAAUAAACCGUGCUCGUUAUUUAGCUGUUGUAUCAUCCACACGUCAUCGGGAGAUUAACUUUCAGAAUGUCCGAGAAGUUGUUUUGCUGGGCCUUGAUUGUCUUCCAAAUAAUAAAGUCGCGAUCGGUGUGACUAUUCCGGUUUAUGCUUCAACUCGAGUGAGUUUAGAUGGUGAUGGUGGUGUGGUUGUUGAUUUUGAUUCAUCAUUACAUAUAUUCAGGCCUGUCUCUGUUCAAGCUAUGUGGACCAUGUUUCAAAGAUUACAUAAAGAAUUAAUCGACGCACAAAAUGCAAGAAGUUCAGCGCAACAGUUUGGGAAAACAGCGAAGCGUUUGAUCGAUUAUUAUAAUGAGCAAGUAUCAUCGGACGAUGCCAUAAUCACAAUGUGGGAACGUUCAACAUCAUACUGUACCGGUAAAACAAGUAACGAUUUGGGAGCAACAAGUGCUGAUGCGGAACGGCUCAGUCAUGAUUAUCGAAGUGAUGACGAUUCUGUGGAAGCUCGAAUUUAUGAACAAUUGAAAGAGGUGAUGCAAACUGCGGAUUUGGAUGAAGUUACAAGUAGAGAUAUUCGUUUAAAGGUAGAAGAGAGCAUGCAUAUGAAAUUGGAUAAUUACAAAGAUUUUAUCAGUCGUCAAAUGAUGGUUAUUAUGGGACAGAUGGAUACAGCAUCACAGAUUUUUCCUUACCUUUAUUUGGGUACUGAAUGGAACGCAUGUGAUUGGCAAUGGCUUGAAAAUAAUGGAAUUAAAUACAUCGUUAAUGUAACUAACGAGGUGGAAAAUUUUUUCCCUGCUCGUUUAAAAUAUCUAAAGAUACGUGUUUCGGAUGAGGCUAGUACCGAAUUGCUAAAAUAUUGGAAUCAAACCAAUCAGUUCAUUAAAGAAGCAAAGGAAAAAGGCGUUGCUGUAUUAGUGCAUUGCAAAAAAGGUAUCAGCCGGUCAUCGUCUACAGUGAUAGCUUUUGCAAUGAAGGAAUAUGGAUGGGCACUUUCGCAAGCAAUGGAACAUGUGAAAAAUAAGAGAGGAUGUAUUACACCAAAUAUUGGCUUUGUGGAGCAGCUCAGAACAUUUGAAGGUAUGUUACAUGCUUUCAAGAAAAGAAAUCAGUUUGAUAUUUCAUCAUCGACAUCAGCUGAGCCUGUUGAUUCAGUACGUUUCCGUCGUAUACUGGACAAAUGUGAUAGGAAUGCUAUGGAUAGUGAGGAAGUUACACGCUGCCAUAGUAAGAAUGAACAGUGUGCAGCAAAUAUGGUCAAAAGUUUGGUUGGUAGUUUUGAAGCGAAAGGUCGCGGCGAUGUGCGUAAUGCAGAUGAACUUCAGUUAUCAGAACGCCGAUUAAAUCGACCGCCAGUAACAUUCCGGUUGCAAAAUAUAACUGAUUGGAAGUAUCGAAAUCGCAUAACUGUGCCAGUUUCUAACUCGAAUCGACAAGUACGCGCACUUACUAUAUCACAGUAAUAUGAUAUUAUCAGCUGAUAGGCUGAUAGGC